GUCCAGUUGACAUAUUGAUAGGUGUUGACUACGCAUACUUGAUGACGGGGGAAACUAAAAAAUCUGAUGGCUUAGUCGCUCUAAACUCGCCUUUGGGAUAGGCUAUCUUUGGCAGCAACGGCAACACUGAAAUGGUUAACCGAGUAAUGCAUGUUAUGGUAGAUAAAUCAGUCAAUCUAGACGACUUCUGGACGGUCGAAUCAAUGGGAGUUGAUGUGGGUAACUGUGAUUGCAAGGCCAAACUUAGUGUAGUUGAGAAUAUGGAAGCGAAACUCAUCGAAGAAUCUAGUAGUAAAGUUAGUAACCAGUGGUUGAUUCCAUUACCAUGGGCUAAAGAUCCGAUGCACCUCCCAAACAAUAAAGUCCAAGCUACAAAGAUGCUGAAUGGUUUAGAGAGACGGCUAAAGAAGAACGAAGAACAUGGUGCUGCUUACCAAAGGCAGAUGGAAGAAAUGGUAGAAAAGGGAUUCGCCAGAAAGUUGGAGGAAACUGAAAUAAAGCAGUAUCAAGGACCGGUUCACUACCUGCCACAUCACGCUGUUGUGCGAGCCGAAAGUAAAAGCACUCCAGUGAGAAUAGUAUUUAACUCUGCGAAUAAAUGCAAUGGUGAAGCCAUCAAUGAUAGAUGGAUGGAAAGCCCACAAUUCUUGAAGCGUCCUAUGACUGAAUGGUCCCAGCAAAAAUUAAGAGUUCCAGAAGAUGACAGCGAAGUAAAACUGGUAAAAUUCAAUGGUCAUAUAGAGGUAAACAAUGUUCAACCAGAGGUGGAUAUAUCAGAUUGCCAAACAUGGGAAGAAAUGUUAGAGAUUUAUAGAAGAAGAAUAUAUGGUGCAGAUUCCCCAUCGUUAGAUGUACACAAAGUAAGAGACCUUGAAUUACUACUACUUCGAAGGGUUCAGAGAGUGUUUUGCCGAAGAGCUUCAUUUGUUACGCAACGGGAAGAAUGUUCAGCCAAAUAGCCGAAUUAGGAAUC